UUAGAACAGCGCUGGCGCUGCAGUUGUCUGUAAGCUGGCGCUUUCGGCUGUCUGCAACACGACGAGAAUAUUUAAGGGCCUUGUAAUGCACGUGAGCGCUCUAGUAAGGUGAAACCGCGCCACAGAGAAAGGCGACAGCAGCAGUAGUCUUUGUGCAACGAAUAGUUAUCAAAUCUACCAAACGCGGCAGGCAUUCGCUUCUGCGCAGUUAAGACUCUCGCUGUACACGUUGCUAACGGGAAAAAUAGUGUCGCUGCACUCAACAACAUAUACUAAACAGAUGAAAAUUGGUCAGACCGAUUGGUGUCAAUGCUGAGACCCUCGACCACGGAUACCAAGCUGAAGCUACUGAAGACCUUGCACUUGUCCAAAAACCUCGCUGUCUGCAAAGGCUCACGCACCGGCAAUACCGGCAAUAAUUUAGAACUUAAAGUUCUAACACAGAUCCAGCACGUACCGUGAACUUGUCUUAGGGCUAUUUGGAUAACGCGAGCAGUCAAGCAAAACUUCAGUAGGCUUCAUACGAUUUGGUUAUCUGACAAUUCCUAGGAAAUUAUUACAGAAGAUACACUUUAACCUCCACUCUCAUCUUUCAAAAUGGUUUACGCUGAGCGCACGGAACGUCACAUUUCGCCAACAGAUCAAGCAAACUCGAACGCCACGAAUGGUAAGCCACUUACCGAAGCUACCAAAUACACCAUGGAACAAAGACAAUCGAGCAGCUCAAGCACUUCCGCUAAUUGGGGCAGCCAUAAGUCGCCGUCAGAAGAUAAAUGGAAAUAUAAUAAUAUGGUGCGCAACGAGCGUGAAAAGUUCAACAGUUUGCAUUUCUGCUGAUCAUGGAAGCGCUAUGUUCGGCUCGCAUUCCA